AUGAAAGAUAGCGUUGCUGAAGAACAUUUAUAUUUGGAUUUUUCUCAUUGGUACAGAGAUGGCAUCUUUCCUCUUCAUACAUCUAUUUCACUGUUUUUGCUAUCUUACUGUGACUGCAAAUUAUUCAAAGUUUUCUUAGUGCCAACUGCUGAAGAUGUAGGUGAUCAUUCUAUGAUAAAAAACCUCCUUGGAGAUCUUGAGGUCCAUUUCAUCUCCAGAUGUCAGCUUCCAGCGGUUGCGCGGAGCUGCUGUUUACCUGCUGUUGUUGUGAAAGAUGGCAAGUUCUGCCGAGCUGGGCUCUCUGUUGUCUUAAGGCAUAUAAUACAGAAAACAUAUGAGGCAGAUCCAUCUAAAACAGAUGUUGUGGAACUCUUGGGCUUUAAGAAGACCUGCUUAAAAGCCUGUGCUGAAGUUAGCCAGUGGACCAGACUUUGUGAGAUCAGCAUACCUCUAGCUGUUGAAGGGUUUUUGAAGGCAUCUCCUGAGCACUGUCAGACUAUUCCUCCUGAUAUUUUACAACUUGAAAAGAAGCUUGGAGAACCUGUCCGAGUACACAAUGAUGACAAAAUUCGAAGGCAAAAACUUCAACAACAGAAGGCAGGUGCCAAGUCUGCAAUGCCUAUGCUUGGUAAAGAAGCAACAGAAGAAGGAAAAACAGUGGAAAUGCAGGAACAUCCGCUCCCAAGUUUGGAACUGAGUGUAGCUUUCUCCAAGCUACUUGUCCAGGAAAGAUCAGAUGUGGUCAACAGGGAGGCGUCUCACAUCAGGAGAACAAAAACCUCUGACCUUCCACCUUUGGAGCACAUUUUUGCAGAAGGGCUUUAUUUUACCUUGGCAGAUGUAGUGCUUUUGCCGUGCAUCCAUCAGUUCUUGGCUUCCAGCAUAAAACAAGGCAAAAAUCUGGUAAAUUUGCCCCUGAUAUCCAGUUGGUAUCGAAGAGUUCAGGAAGUACCUGGAGUAAAGAGAGCUGCUGCCAAAUGCAAUAUGGAGCUUCUCCAACUUCCAGAGUUGAUGUCUGCUCCAGAGGAACAGCUACAAGACUCUUCUUCAGUUUCUGAUGAAUUAGAAGAGGAGAACCAAGAGAGUCAUUUUAUAGGUGGUCCAAGGCCAACUAUGACUAAGUUAAUGGAAAAUGGUAUUGAAGCAAAGUUUUCUCCUCAUCCGUGCCCCAACUGGACCCUAGAUUGGUCCAAUCUACCAUCUGCAGUCAAUCCUGGAGAAGGAAAGAUGUCCAGAGACCGGGCUCUGAGGAAGCAGCAGCAGUUGAAUAAUUUAGUAGCAGUGGUGACAAAGCUGGCUAAGCCUGGAGAUGUGAUUGUGGAUUUUUGCAGUGGAGGGGGUCAUGUUGGAAUAGUUCUUGCUCAUGUAAUGCCAUCAUGCCAGGUGGUGCUCAUAGAAAAUAAGGAGUUGUCUCUGAUCCGUGCUAAAGAGAGAAGUGAUGAACUAGGUUUAAACAAUAUUUGGUUCAUUCAAGCCAAUUUGGACUAUUUUAAUGGGACUUUUAAUAUUGGGGUGGCUCUGCAUGCAUGUGGUGUGGCAACAGACAUGGUGAUUGAGCACUGUAUCAAGGCACGGGCAGCCUUUGUCAUCUCCCCUUGUUGUUAUGGCUUCAUUCAGAACACAGUGAAGUUUAAAUAUCCACGAAGUCACCAGUUCAAAGAAAUUUUGUCCUACAAGGAGCACAUGAUCCUUUGCAGAUUUGCAGAUCAGACAGCUGUUCAGCUUCCACCUGAACGCAGGCUAAUUGGAAAGCAGUGUAUGGGGAUUGUGGAUCUGGAUCGUGCAUGGGCUGCAGAAGAGCAUAACUACUCUGUCCAAGUUGUAUCUAUGGAGCCAGAGAGUUGUUCUCCAAAGAACAAUAUGUUUGUGGGCAUCGCUGCUUAG